AUGCUUGGCUAUAGUUGCUUCUUGCUUGCUUUUGUCGCAGCCUCAACAUCAGCACAGAAUAUUCCAGAGGUUCCAGCAAUAGCGACCGCAACCUCGACUGCGACAUACUAUCCGGCCUACAUUCCACCGGCAUCAGUCAUCUUCAAGCGAGACGAUUCAUGCCCAGCCAACACAUUCCGGUGCUCUGAGGAGCUUGGCGAGAGAUUCCGCGACAUUUGUUGUCAAAACGGCCAAACAUGCGCUGUUGACGCCGAUGACGAACCGGCCUGUUGCCCAUCUGGGGCUAUAUGUACAGGCACAGCUCCCGCUUCGGCUACCGGCGCAGCAACCGCUUCACCAUCCUUCGUUCCCAAUUCAUAUUUCGCUUUCCCCUACGCCGCAGCGACCUUCGAGAACGAGGCCUCGUGCACUUCGGCAGUUAGUGCUUGCGGGGAGAACUACGAUCAAUGCGUCAACUACCUUGGUGACGGAGGUCAAUAUGGUGUCACCAUCGUUGUGCCCGGCGGUGGAGGCACCACCGUUGAGGGCGGUGGACAGGCUUUGGGCUCUUCCUCUGCAACUGCUGUCUGCUCAAGUUUGAGUUCACGUGCUUGUGGCAAUGUUUCCAGUGCUGACUGUUCGGACUAUGGAAACCAUGCGUCGUCCUCUAACAGCCGUGGCUUAUGGGUUGCCAGUCUCGGUGCAGGCAUCACGCUCCUCAGUUUCCUAGUCUAA